CUGCAACAGCACGUGCCACUUCUUCCUCUGACUGAUCACCGCUCCUCUCUUCACUCAUGGAGUUCAAGCGACAGACUUCCCAUGGUUUCUCGGGAAUGUCAGCCCGACCUCUUCAUGUGUCCUACGCUCACAGCGUCAGCGGUGGGGCUGGCGGCCAUGGGACCAAGAUUUCCACCGCCGCCUAUGGAGGCCGAGUCGGUAGCAGCUAUGCCGAGUACCAGGUGUCUGGGUCCGGUUCUGGCACCUUUGCCAUUGGGAACGAGAAAAUUGCCAUGCAGAACCUGAACGACCGCCUGGCCAGCUACCUGGAUACCGUGAGGAACCUGGAGAAGGCCAACAGCUCACUGGAGAUCAAGAUCAGAGAAGCCAUCGAGAAGAGGGGCCCCUUGGAGGGGAGGGACUACACCAAGUACUACGCUCUGAUUACAGAUCUGAGAGCCAAGAUCUUUGACAUGAUCAAGGGCAACGCCCACCUUGCCAUCGCUCUUGACAACGCACGCCUGGCUUCCGAUGACUUCAGAGUGAAGAUGGAGUACGAGUUGUCCAUGCGGCAGACAGUGGAGGCAGACGUCAGCAGGCUGAGGAAGCUUCUGGACGACACCAAUGUCACUCGCCUGCACCUGGAGGGAGACAUCGAGUCCCUGAAGGAGGAGCUGAUCCACCUUAAGAAGACCCACGAGAAUGAUGUUAUUGAACUCCGUGCCCAGAUCGUCCAGGGCAGCGUACACGUAGAUGUCGAUGCACCUAAAGGACAGGACCUGUCGAAGAUCAUGGAGGAGAUGAGGGCCAAGUAUGAGAGAAUAGCUCAGAAGAACCAGGAGGAACUCAAAGCAUGGCACGAAUCUCAGAUCACAGAAGUGCAGGUCCAAGUGACAGAAAGCUCAACAGCUCUGAAAGAGUCCGCAAGUGUCCUGAGUGAAACAAGGAGGAGAUCACAAGCCCUGGAGAUUGAACUGCAGUCAGCAAUUGGACUGAGAGCGUCCCUGGAGGCCAACCUGCGCGACAUCGAGAUGCGCUACAACAUGGAGGUGGAGAAGUACAACGGCAUCAUCUUGAGGCUGCAGGAGGAGCUGUCUCAGAUCCGCAACGACAUCCAGGUCAACACAAGGGAGUACGAGGCCCUUCUCAACGUCAAGGUGAAGCUGGAGGGCGAGAUCGCCGAGUACAGGAGGCUGCUGGAUGGCGAAUUAAGCCUGGAUGAUGCAUUUGAAAAGAAGGUCCAGACCAAAGUGGUGACGGUCACUCAGACGCUGGUGGACGGCAAACUCGUGGCAGAGAGCAAGGAUGUCAAAUCCAGUGAAAAGGUUGUUGCCUAAAAGUGAAGAAUAACUCAAUAACCAUGGAACAAAAAUAAAAAGGAAGAAGAAAA